AUGGUACAAGGAGGAGAUCAUAAUCAAUUUUCUGGAACGGGGGGUUAUGCAGCCAACGGUGGCACAUUCCCUGACGAGAAUUUUCAUGUGGCUCAUGACCGGGCGGGAGUGGUCAGCAUGGCCAACAAAGGCCCAAAUACCAACAGCAGUCAAUUCUUCAUUACCUUGCAAGCUACUCCUCAUUUGAACAAAAAGCAUGUCGCUUUUGGACAAGUGAUUCAUGGGAUGGAUGUUGUGCAAAGAAUGGCUACAGACGUAGAGUUGGAGGGAGACCGUCCAGCUGCAAUGCAGAAAAUUGUCAUCACGGAUUGUGGGGUAGGCAAGGGGAAUAAGGAUGAUGAGAGUGAUGAUGAAGACGGCGAAGCAAGUAGAAGGGAAGGCCACAAACGACGGAAAAAGAAAAAGAAAAGCGACAAAAAGGAAAAGAAGAAACGGAGGCGAAAGGAAGACGAGGCGGAUCGAAAGAGACACAAGAAGCAACACUCUUCCCGUCGAAAAAGACGCAAAGACUCCAGCGAUGAUUCAUCUGCUGACAGUGAUGAAUCGACUGAUGGUAGCUCAGACAAUUCCUCGAGAAAGAGACGUAGGAAGAGAAGCGAUGACAAACAUCGCUCAUCGUCGCGGAAACGAAGUCGCAGCAAGUCAUCCUCUAAGAAAGAGCGGAGACGAUCCAGAGAGUCCGAUAGGUCGGCAUCGACAUCCUCCUCUGAUUCAGGCGAUUCCAAGGGACGACGGAAGAGCAAUCGUUAG